GAUAGAUAUUUCCAUAUGUAUGCCGAUCCCGACACUGGGUUGAUCAACGCGGAAGGCUUUAGGUCCAUCUUGCAGUGCCUUCGUCUGUGUCCAUCAGAAGCAUUCGUCAAAAGGAUUUUCAAAGAACACGACAAAGACCCUGAAAAAUCCUACAUCACCAAAGAAGAGUUUAUGACGUGGAUGAAAGGAAACUGGAACUCCAGGGAAGAGAUCCAAAAACAAUUAGUGAGUGCCAUUAGAGAACUGUACGGUACCGAUGGUAAGGAAUCCGUGGAGGAUGUGAAGAUUUCAGUGGAGGAUUUAAUCAGUACGCUGACCACUGCGGGGGAGGAGCCACUCAGCGAAGACGAGGCAGGGAUCGUUAUGGCGGAAUUAAAGAAACUAGACUCUGUCGGUGUCGGAAAAAUUACAGGACGAGAAUUGAUAGAAUUUUUGCAAGGUACGAGCAGAAAAGAAAAGUCUUCAGUUGAGAGAAGCACCAUUGAACCGGAAGGACCCGAGUCGUGAUAAAAGAGAGGGG